CUCGCCUCCUGCCGGGGCCAGUCGGUAAGUGCUAAAUGGGGCCAGGGACCUGUCCCUGAUGUCCCUCUUUCUGCCCCUCUUUCCAGGGCCCCAUGGGACCCCGUGGCCCUCCCGGUCCCACCGGCUCUCCCGGUCCGCAAGGGUUUCAAGGCAACCCCGGAGAGCCCGGAGAGCCCGGCGCUGCCGGUCCCAUGGGUCCCCGGGGACCGCCAGGACCUCCUGGGAAACCUGGUGACGAUGGCGAGACAGGAAAACCCGGCAAAUCCGGUGAACGUGGCGCUCCCGGCCCCCAGGGUGCUCGCGGCUUCCCUGGGACACCGGGACUGCCCGGAGUGAAAGGCCACCGUGGCUACCCCGGCUUGGACGGCGCCAAAGGAGAGGCAGGAGCUCCCGGAGCCAAGGGUGAAUCCGGUUCCCCGGGCGAGAACGGGUCACCCGGCCCCAUGGGUCCCCGCGGGCUGCCCGGCGAGCGAGGACGUCCCGGCCCCUCCGGCGCUGCCGGUGCUCGUGGCAACGACGGCCUCCCCGGACCUGCCGGCCCCCCCGGUCCCGUCGGCCCGGCCGGAGCCCCCGGCUUCCCCGGCGCCCCCGGCUCCAAGGGUGAAGCUGGACCCACCGGCGCACGAGGACCCGAGGGUGCCCAGGGCCCCCGCGGCGAAUCCGGCACCCCUGGCUCUCCCGGCCCCGCCGGAGCACCCGGUAACCCCGGCACCGACGGCAUCCCCGGCGCCAAAGGAUCGGCGGGCGCCCCCGGCAUCGCGGGCGCUCCAGGCUUCCCCGGCCCCCGCGGCCCCCCCGGCCCCCAGGGCGCCACCGGCCCGCUGGGACCCAAGGGACAGACGGGAGAACCCGGCAUCGCGGGCUUCAAAGGCGAGCAGGGGCCCAAGGGCGAGACGGGCCCCGCAGGACCCCAGGGCGCUCCCGGACCGGCCGGCGAGGAAGGCAAGAGAGGAGCCCGCGGAGAGCCCGGCGCUGCCGGCCCCAUCGGACCCCCCGGCGAGCGGGGAGCUCCCGGCAAUCGCGGCUUCCCUGGACAGGACGGAUUGGCUGGACCUAAGGGUGCUCCAGGUGAGCGCGGUCCCGCCGGCCUCGCGGGUCCCAAGGGAGCCACUGGAGAUCCCGGCCGUCCCGGAGAGCCCGGCCUGCCCGGAGCCAGGGGCCUCACCGGCCGCCCGGGCGAUGCUGGACCGCAAGGCAAAGUCGGCCCAACUGGAGCCCCCGGGGAGGACGGGCGCCCCGGCCCCCCCGGACCACAAGGUGCUCGCGGACAACCAGGUGUCAUGGGAUUCCCUGGCCCCAAGGGCGCUAAUGGAGAGCCCGGAAAAGCUGGCGAGAAGGGACUUCCUGGGGCCCCAGGACUGAGAGGUCUUCCUGGCAAAGACGGCGAGACGGGAGCUGCCGGCCCACCGGGCCCUGCGGGUCCGGCUGGUGAGAGAGGAGAGCAAGGAGCCCCCGGACCCUCGGGCUUCCAGGGUCUUCCCGGCCCUCCAGGUCCCCCAGGAGAGGGUGGCAAACCCGGAGACCAGGGUGUUCCUGGAGAAGCCGGCACUCCAGGUCUCGUCGGUCCCAGAGGUGAACGCGGCUUCCCCGGCGAACGCGGCUCUCCCGGUGCCCAAGGGCUGCAGGGUCCCCGCGGGCUUCCCGGCACUCCAGGCACCGAUGGACCCAAGGGAGCCACCGGCCCCGCCGGCCCCAACGGCGCCCAGGGACCCCCCGGGCUGCAGGGAAUGCCGGGCGAGCGCGGAGCUGCCGGAAUUGCCGGCCCCAAGGGAGACCGGGGAGACGUCGGCGAGAAGGGACCCGAGGGAGCCCCCGGCAAGGACGGCGCGCGGGGUCUCACCGGCCCCAUCGGCCCCCCCGGUCCUGCUGGUCCCAAUGGAGAGAAGGGUGAAUCCGGACCCCCUGGCCCGUCCGGCGCUGCUGGCGCCCGCGGUGCUCCCGGUGAGCGUGGAGAGCCCGGUGCUCCCGGUCCUGCCGGAUUUGCCGGCCCCCCUGGCGCAGAUGGACAACCCGGUGCUAAGGGUGAGCAGGGAGAGCCCGGACAGAAAGGUGACGCCGGCAAUCCCGGUCCCCAAGGUCCUUCUGGCGCUCCUGGCCCGCAGGGUCCCACCGGAGUGACAGGUCCCAAAGGAGCCCGUGGAGCCCAGGGUCCCCCUGGAGCCACCGGAUUCCCUGGUGCUGCUGGACGUGUGGGACCACCUGGCCCCAAUGGCAACCCCGGCCCCCCCGGCCCCCCCGGAUCUGCUGGCAAAGACGGUCCCAAAGGAGCUCGCGGCGACGCCGGCCCCCCCGGCCGGGCCGGAGACCCCGGACUCCAGGGCCCCGCUGGCCCCCCCGGAGAGAAGGGCGAACCCGGCGAGGACGGACCUGCGGGUCCCGAUGGCCCCCCCGGCCCCCAGGGUCUGGCAGGACAACGUGGCAUCGUGGGGCUGCCAGGGCAGCGUGGCGAGAGGGGCUUCCCCGGGCUGCCGGGACCCUCGGGCGAACCCGGCAAACAAGGAGCCCCCGGAUCAGCGGGUGACCGUGGCCCCCCCGGCCCCGUGGGCCCUCCUGGGCUGACAGGUCCCGCCGGAGAACCUGGACGUGAGGGCACCCCCGGCUCCGAUGGCCCCCCUGGCAGAGACGGCGCCGCCGGUGUCAAGGGUGACCGCGGGGAAACAGGACCUGUGGGUGCUCCCGGCGCUCCGGGCGCUCCGGGCGCUCCCGGCCCUGUGGGUCCCACUGGCAAGCAAGGAGAUCGCGGUGAGACGGGCGCCCAAGGGCCCAUGGGUCCCUCCGGCCCUGCCGGAGCUCGGGGAAUGCCGGGUCCCCAAGGCCCCCGCGGGGACAAGGGCGAGACCGGCGAGGCUGGAGAGAGGGGCCUGAAGGGUCACCGCGGCUUCACCGGCCUGCAGGGCCUUCCCGGGCCUCCCGGUCCCUCUGGAGAUCAGGGUGCUGCUGGUCCCGCCGGUCCCUCCGGUCCCAGGGGUCCUCCAGGCCCCGUCGGUCCCUCCGGCAAAGACGGCUCCAACGGCAUGCCCGGCCCCAUCGGUCCUCCCGGCCCCCGCGGCCGGAGCGGGGAACCGGGUCCGGCGGGUCCUCCCGGAAACCCCGGUCCUCCCGGGCCCCCCGGCCCCCCCGGCACCGGCAUCGACAUGUCGGCGUUCGCCGGCUUGGGCCAGACGGAGAAGGGCCCCGAUCCCAUGCGGUACAUGCGUGCGGACGAGGCGGCCGGCGGGCUGCGGCAGCACGACGCCGAGGUGGACGCCACGCUCAAGUCCCUCAACAACCAGAUCGAGAGCAUCCGCAGCCCCGAGGGCUCCAAGAAGAACCCGGCCAGGACCUGCCGCGACCUCAAGCUCUGCCACCCCGAGUGGAAGAGCGGCGACUACUGGAUCGACCCCAACCAGGGCUGCACCUUGGACGCCAUCAAGGUCUUCUGCAACAUGGAGACGGGAGAGACCUGUGUCUACCCAACCCAGGCCACCAUCGCCCAGAAGAACUGGUACGUCAGCAAGAACCCCAAGGAGAAGAAGCACGUCUGGUUCGGCGAAACGAUGAGCGACGGCUUCCAGUUCGAAUACGGCGGCGAGGGCUCCAACCCGGCCGACGUGGCCAUCCAGCUGACCUUCCUGCGCCUGAUGUCCACCGAGGCGUCGCAGAACGUCACCUACCACUGCAAGAACAGCGUGGCCUACCUGGACGAGGAGACGGGCGACCUCAAGAAAGCCGUGCUCCUGCAGGGCUCCAACGACGUGGAGAUCCGCGCCGAGGGCAACAGCAGGUUCACCUACAGCGUCCUGGAGGACGGCUGCACGAAACACACUGGCAAAUGGGGCAAGACGGUCAUCGAGUACCGGUCGCAGAAGACCUCGCGCCUGCCCAUUGUAGAUAUUGCACCUAUGGACAUUGGCGGAGCCGAGCAGGAGUUCGGCGUGGACAUGGGCCCCGUCUGCUUCUUGUAAAAAGAGUUGGUUUAUUUGUAUGUGUGUGUGUGUGUCCGGUUGUUAUUUUUUUAAAAUCCAGCCCGAUAAUUGUUAAAAACGAGCAAAAACACCCCAAAAACCUACCCGCUCCCGAGGACCUGCGUGUUUUCCCAUCACUCGUACAACUUCUGCACUGAACGGCUGCCGCGACCUCCCCAAAUCCCCCUCGAGCCCCCUCAAAUU